CUCUUUUUAUUUCCACACCUUCAAAAAACCUUACUACUAGAAGAGAUUGCCAUUAUCAAAGAAAUUUAAAGCGCUUUAUAAGUGUGUUUAAUCGCUUCCCUCUGCGAUUUUUUCUCUCCACUCUCGGGAAAAAGGCCGUUCAAGAAGAGGUAAAAAAAAAACAAAACCAAAAGGUAAAAAGAAAUUUGAAAUCAAAGAGACAAGGAAGAGGACAGAGGUGAUCUGGUUGGAGGAAUUGGAUUAUAUGCGACUUGGUGGCAAAAGGGAAGAGUUUUUACUCUCAUUAAUUUGUCUUCUUCAGCUUCGAUUUCUGCUCUCUUGCUUCCAUCAUCUACUUACCCUCUGAGUGACUCCAGCUUUUCUCCACAAAUUUGUCUUCUCCCAAGGCGAAAACACACCAUCCCAUCUUCUUCCAUGCGUUUAAGACCCAAAAGGACUUGCUCUGGAGUGGAAUGCUUUGGGGGUUUUUUCCAUGUAAAGGACUAAUUUUUGAUAAUGGGAGUGAUUCUUUGGACUGAUAAUCGUUCAAGAAUCUCAGAACUUGGAAAUCUUUUUUGGGUCAUUUCUUUCCGGGUUGAUUCAUUCUUUUAUUCAUUUAGUGAUAUGCAGUCAUUCUUAUGUUCUUGAUAUGGACAAAGGUAAAAAAGGAAGAAGCUUGGAGGAGGAGUUGUUGAAUUCUGUCAGAAGAAUUAAGAUCAGCUAUACUGAUCCUGAUGCUACUGAUUCUGACAGCGAUGAUUGUGAUGUUCCCGGCCUUAACAAACGCAGGGAAUUUGUUAUUGCUCGUGGUCCGGUGAAAGGGAAAAGCAUACAAAAGUCUGUUCAGAGUAUGGAGAAUGCUGGGAAAACACAUGUUAAGAAUGAUCAGAAGAAGAAUAAGAUAGAAAAUCCUGUGAAGCAUUUGGAAAAUGCAGGGACAAAGUCUGGGAAGAGUGGUCAGAACAAUGAGAAAUUGAACGCAUCAUCAUCUUCAUCAUCUAAAUAUCCUGGGGUCAGGAAAAGGGUUUGGGGAAAAUUUGCUGCUGAAAUCAGGAAUCCUUUUGAGAAGAAAAGACAGUGGCUUGGUACUUUUGAUACUGAAGAAGAAGCUGUCCGGGCAUAUCAGUCAAAGAAGCAGGAGUUUGCAAGGAUUUUGGCUCAAAGGAAUAGGAAUAUGACUUCCUCUGGAGGAUCAACUCUUGAGGGUGGCUCUGCUUCAGAGGAGACUACUAAUGCUAUUGGUUCCCAUCCGUCUCCGUCAUCUGUUCUUGAUGUGUCUACUUCUGCUCCCACCAUUGGAGCCUCUGACAAUCCACCCCGUGAUCAGACAAAUCUCACCAGCAUUGUUCAUGAUUCCGAGAUUGAGUUUCCAUCAGCUACUCAAGAAUUUCAUCCAGAAAGAGAUGAGAAUCUGUUACCUUGUGGUAUGAGGAAAAGGGCAAUUGCAGAGUUAGAAGAAGCAAUGGCUACAGAGCUUCACAUAGGAAGUGGCAAUGUUGAAUCAUCUGUUCAUGUGAAUGCAGUUAAUAAACAAAUAGGAGAAUGGCAACCUUUCAAGAAAGCCAAACCAGUGAAAAACGAGGCAACCUUGGGGAAUAACAACCAGUUGAGCAAUGGUAAUGAUUUGGAGGAGGUGGAGGAUAGUUCAACAUAUGUGGCUGAUCCACCAAUGUCACCUCCAAUUAGUCCGAUAUUGAAUUUCGAAGAACAUUUGCAAUGUGGAAAUGACUUGAAACAGUUGGGAUUGAAGGAGAUUCCUCCGCAGAUAACCUUUGCAUAUGAGCUUACUAAUGAUUCUCUAAAGGUGGCCAAUUUGGAUCUUUUUGAUGGUGAUGAAGAGCAGCUAAAUCUGUUUGUUGAGAACCUGCUUAACAAGGAUUCUUCUCUGGAUUGAUUUGUCCAAAGAAUGAGGAAACGAGUUCUCUUGGAUGCUAAUCCUCAUGUACUAAUCUGUUCAUCCUUUGAUCUUUUUUUCUGCUCCUUUUUGCAGUCAAAUUUUUAAUGAAUAUACAGUACAUGAUUAGGACAGAUGAACAUAGUAGAGUUGAAUGUCUUUGCC